UCUAGUGUUCAGUGCUCCUUGAGACCCCGCAAUUUCUUCUGUGAGUUUCCCAUCUGACUAUUUCGUCGUUGUGAUCCAAGGGUCAACGAUAUUGGAAGCAUGCUAGCCGCCUCGCCUCCGUUCGUGCAGCACGUGCUCCAGGAUCGCUGGCAGCAGCAGCAGCAGCAGCAGAUCGGCUCGAGUCCUCAGCAGCUGUUCGAACCGCACGUGGUCGCCGCCAGCCGCGCGCCCGUCGUCGCGGACAACAAGCUGCGCGAGCUCGCCUCCAUGGCGUCCCUCGCGCACCACCCCUCGUCACCGCCGCCACCGCCCGCGUCGCACGCUCAGUCGCCCGCCGCUUUCGCCGAGCCAUGGAUUGCGGGCUCUGACUCCCCGUGUGCGCAAUCCGCCGCUCAGAGCCCUCCCAGCGGCCCGCCUCCUCGCCUGUCCGCCGGUUGCGGCGACUCUCUCCCGUCGCCGAUCCCCACGCCCCCCUGCACGUGCUACUCGCGCCUGCCCGCGGGGUGCGCGUCGGAUCCGCACGCGCCGACGGUGAAGUAUAUCGGCGUGCGGCUGCGCGGGCGCAACCGGUGGGUGGCGGAGAUCAAGGACAACAACCACGGCGUGCGCAAGUGGCUCGGCACCUUCGCGUGCCCCGUGCAGGCCGCGCAGGCCUUCGACGCCGCGGCGCGCGCCAUUCGUGGGCCGAAGACGAAGGCGAAUUUCAAGCGCGGCGACGCGGCGUUCGUGGAGGACGUACCCGAGGUGCUCUCCGUGCUCGCCUACUGCGCGCAGGGCAAGCCGCCGCUCGCAGCCCCGGGGUCGGCCGAGGGCUGCGCGCGGAGAGCGGCGGGAGCAGCUCUGCUGGCAGCGGUGCCCGUGUGCAGGGGCGAGUCUCCGAUGCAGUCUCUUCCCGCGGGCCCGCAAGCCGGCAGAAGACCCGGCAAGCCCAGGACGUCUCCCGCCUUAGGCCCCUUGCCGCUCGCUAUCGGCCCGCCCACCAUCGCCGCGCCGUCCUUGGUCGGCGCGAACCCGCCCGCCGCGACGCCUCCUGCGGUGCGUCCCCCCGUGCCCUCCCCGUCGUCGUCUUCGCUGGUCGCCGCCAGCCCCAUGCUGCCGGCCGCCAGCCCCCUGCUGCCGGCCGCCAGCCCCAGGCUUGAAGCCUCGCCGCCAGCGGCCUUCCCGCCUGCGCGCACGGUCGAGGUCGCCGUCAAGCGCGAAGGCGCGGUGCCGCCCGCGCUGCUGCCCGUGGCGGCGUUCGCCGAGGCACACGCGGCCAGCGAGCGCGCUGUGAAUCUGCACUCGGCGCACGCAGGCGGGCGGCCGGCGCCAGGCGCAGGUGACGGCGUGAGCUGGGGGCCGAGGGAGCAGAGGGCGGCGUGGUCGGCGCGGAGCGCGGAACGCAACGGCGCGCAGCAGGCAGGUGGCGGUGACGAGGGCGGCGCAGCAGGCAUAGAGUGCCCAUCGCUGUGGUCGCCGUGCAGGCCGGCUGACAGCCACAUGGAUGCGGGCGCAAAGGAGCACGCGCAGCACACACACGCGGAUGAUAUGGACUUCAGGUCCUCGGGCCAGGUCAGGCUCGGCAAGCGGAGGUCGCCCGAGCCUGUGGAGAGGCUUCAGUUGGGUAACUGCUUGGCGGGGGACACUGAGGCGAGCAUGCAUGGAGGCAAGGCGGGUGUGCUCUCUCUGCUGUCGGUUGGAGCCCUCCAGACAAUUGGAGAGAGGCUCGGCGGCAGACACGGUGGCGAGACUCUGAAAGUGAAGGGAAUGAGCCUUGCCUCUCUCAUGCCUGUUGCCGAGCCUGUGCUGACUCCUAAGGAAUUUGGGGAGCUUCGGCAAAGGCUCGGGUGGAAGGUGGUACGGAUGGAGGACCUGGAGGAGAUCCCAAGGGUGGCUCGGGAGGCUCUGCUGAGGUUCAGGGAGAGCAAGGACUCCACCAUGCUGUCACUGUAGAUGUACGCUAGGACUGUUCACCACUCGUGUGCUAGUAAGUUAUCUAUAUGAUGCUUUGAAUAAGCUGUGCAUGUAAAU